CGACUGACAGGCACGCUUCCGCCCUGCGCUCCGCCCUUCAGCCUCUGCUGGCCGCCAAUUGGCUGGACCGCUUGGGUCGCAGCGCUGAUUGGCGGCUUGUGCUUGGGCGGGCGCUACAAGCAGGGAGCUCGCGCUCCGCCGCCUUCACCUCCCGAGGGCGAGCCGCGCGCAGAGCCGCGGAAAGGGCGCCGGGCCAGGGGCCCGCCUGGGCCGGGACGCCCCGAGCGAGCGCGAUGAGCGCCGGCGCCGUGAGCCCGCGCCUGUGCCCCGAGCAGAGCGCCGCGGGAGACCAGGGCAGCGCGCGGCGGGGGGCCACGGCCGAGGAUGCGUUCAAGGACAUUUCCGUGUACUUCUCCAAGCAAGUGUGGGCGGAGAUGGGAGACUGGGAGAAGAGCCGGUACCGGAACGUGAAACGGAACUACGAAGCGCUGCUUACCAUCGGGCUCAGGGCGCCUCGGCCGGCCUUCAUGUGCCACCGCAGGCGGGCCAGCAGACGCCGGGACGAGGACGCCGAGGACUCGGAUGAGGAGUGGACGCCAAGGCAGCAAGUCAAACCUUCUUGGGUGGCCUUCAGAGUGGAACAGAGUAAACAACAGAAGAGAAUGCGCACGGCACCAUUAAGUAAUGAAUCCAGAUUGAAGGAAUUGUCAGGAACAGCAAAAUUGCUGAAGACAAGUAGCUCUGAACAGGUCCAGAAACCAGUGUCUCCUCUUGGAGAAGCAAGUUCCUCUGAACAGCACUCUAGACGAAAAUUGGAACUCAGGAGAAAGGAGGUUGGAGUGAAGAUGUACAGCCUACGAGAAAGAAAGGGCCAUGCAUACCAAGAGGUCAGCGAGCCACAGGAUGACGACUACCUCUAUUGUGAGAAUUGUCAGAAUUUCUUCAUUGACAGCUGUGCUGCUCAUGGGCCCCCUAUAUUUGUAAAGGACAGUGCAGUGGACAAGGGGCAUCCCAACCGCUCAGCCCUCACUCUGCCCCCUGGGCUAAGAAUCAGACCAUCGGGUAUCCCUGAGGCUGGGCUUGGCGUAUGGAACGAGGCGUCUGAUCUGCCAUUGGGUCUGCACUUUGGCCCCUAUGAGGGCCAGAUCACAGAAGAUGAAGAGGCAGCCAACAGCGGAUACUCCUGGCUGAUCACCAAAGGGAGAAACUGCUACGAGUAUGUGGAUGGAAAGGAUAUAUCUUGGGCCAACUGGAUGAGGUAUGUGAACUGUGCCCGGGAUGAUGAGGAGCAGAACCUGGUAGCCUUUCAAUAUCACAGGCAGAUCUUCUACCGAACCUGCCGGGUUGUCAGGCCGGGCUGUGAACUGCUGGUCUGGUACGGGGACGAGUACGGCCAGGAGCUGGGCAUCAAGUGGGGCAGCAAGUGGAAGAGAGAGCUCACGGCAGGGAGAGCAGAACCAAAGCUAGAGAUCCAUCCAUGUCCCUCCUGCUCUCUGGCCUUCUCCAGUCAGAAAUUCCUCAGCCAACAUGUGGAACGCAAUCACCCCUCUCAGAUCCUCCCAGGAACAUCUGCAAGAAAUCACCUCCAACCAGAGGAUCCCAGCCCAGGUGACCAGAAUCAGCAGCAGCAACACUCUGAUCCACACAGCUGGAAAGACAAAGCUCACAGUCAAGAGGUCAAAGAAAGGUCCAAACCUUUGCUUAAAAAGAUAAGGCAGAGGAGGAUUCCACGGGCCUUUUCCUACCCACCCAAAGGACAAAUGGAGAACUUCAGGAUGCGUGAGAGAAUAAUGGAGGAAAAGCCCAGUAUAGGCCGGAAAGUGAAUCCAGAGGACACAGGCAAAUUAUUCCUGGAGAUGAGAAUGUCAAGAAAUGUAAGAGUCCAAUAUGGAGGGUGUGGGCGAGGCUUCAAUGACAGGGCAAGUCUUAUCAAGCACCAGAGGACACACACAGGGGAGAAGCCCUAUGUUUGCAGGGAGUGUGAACAAGGCUUUACACAGAAGUCAAGUCUCAUCGCACACCAGAGGACACACACAGGGGAGAAGCCCUAUGUUUGCAGGGAGUGUGAACAAGGCUUUACACGGAAGUCAAGCCUCAUCGCACACCAGAGGACACACACAGGGGAGAAGCCCUAUGUUUGCAGGGAGUGUGAACAAGGCUUUAGUGUGAAGUCAAAUCUCAUCAGGCACCAGAGGACACACACAGGGGAGAAGCCCUAUGUUUGCAGGGAGUGUGAACAAGGCUUUAGUGUGAAGUCAAAUCUCAUCAGGCACCAGAGGACACACACAGGGGAGAAGCCCUAUGUUUGCAGGGAGUGUGAACAAGGCUUUACACAGAAGUCAAGUCUCAUCGCACACCAGAGGACACACACAGGGGAGAAGCCCUAUGUUUGCAGGGAGUGUGAACAAGGCUUUAGUGUGAAGUCAAGUCUCAUCGCACACCAGAGGACACACACAGGGGAGAAGCCCUAUGUUUGCAGGGAGUGUGAACAAGGCUUUAGUGUGAAGUCAAAUCUCAUCAGGCACCAGAGGACACACACAGGGGAGAAGCCCUAUGUUUGCAGGGAGUGUGAACAAGGCUUUAGUGAGAAGUCACAUCUCAUCAGGCACCAGAGGACACACACAGGGGAGAAGCCCUAUGUUUGCAGGGAGUGUGAACAAGGCUUUAGUGUGAAGUCAAAUCUCAUCAGGCACCAGAGGACACACACAGGGGAGAAGCUCUAAUUUUGCAGAGAGGGUAAGUGAGUGAUUACCGAUAAAUCACGUCUCAGCCCCAAGAGGACAAAUGUAGCCACCACACACACUCCAUACUCCAGCUCCAACGGGGGCUUCAGAGGAAGUCUACUGACCCCUUACAUUCGCAAAAGUGUAAUGAGUGCAGAAAUCACCAGUUAAACAAGUCUUCCACUUUGAUGACAAGAGAUGAGGUAGACAAAUAGGAGAGUACCUUCAGUGCUCUGAGGAUGUUGAUUCCAAUCCCCUCCAUGGUUUCUGGGCCUCCUGUUCUAAUAAAUGUUAUU